AUGAUUGCGAAGGUUCCUGCGUUGGACUUGGAAGAGCCUGUCGUCCUCCAUGAGGACCUCGCGACGACAUUCACCGGAGUCGUCCAUCCCGUUUCCACUGCUGAGGCGCCCGUGCACCAGUAUCGCGGGAUCCAGUACGCUAGCAUACCUGCGCGCUUCCGUCAGUCGAGGUUAAACACCAUCUACCCUCUCCUGACGGAUGCCAGUCACUACGGUCCUAUCUGCCCGCAGCCAAGACAUCCAGGCGCGGACGCACAACUCUUUGGCAUAUCUGAGGACAACAUCCCUGUCCAAGUCCUCAAACAAAAUGAACUCGAUUGUCUAAAUCUUAAUAUAACCUGUCCCGGCGACGCGACCCCAGAGUCGCGUCUGCCUGUCAUGCUUUGGAUACACGGGGGCGGAAACCGUGGCUCGGGUUCAAAAUGGGUCUACGACGGCGGCGCCUUCGUGCAAAAGAGCAUGCUCAUUGGCAAGCCAGUGAUCAUGGUCACCUUCAACUAUCGGCUUGGUCUGCUAGGCUUCGCUGCCAGCCCUGCUCUGCGCGAGGACAACAAGGCCGCAGGCGACGAGGGCGUCGGUAACUACGGCCUCCGUGACCAGCGCCGAGCGCUAGAGUGGGUUUACCACUUCAUCUCAGCAUUCGGCGGCGAUCCCUCGAAUAUCACGCUCUUCGGCGAGUCAACAGGCGCCGCCGACAUUCUCUGCCACCUCCAUUCUGCCGCAAACGAAAAGCAGCCUCUCUUCCGGCGCGCCAUCGUUCAGAGCGCCAACAUGGAUCUCGAGCUUCCGACCGUCCACACCGCGGGCUGGCACAUGUCCAGAUACAUGGCCGCGUUGCAUGUGCAGAGCGUCGGCGAACUCCGCGCUCUAGAAGCGGAAAAGCUCGUCGCGCUCGGUGGGAGCGUGCGCGCCGUCGACGACGGCGUGUUCUUCCACAAACACUUCUCGGGCUCUCUCAUCCCUGAGGCUGAGCAGCCAGCAGAACACCGACGCGGCCGACCGCACCAUCCCCCACACAGUUACAGCCACAAUCACCUACGCCUCCUCUCCCGUUCUCGAUCGCGUGCGCGUCACACGCCCGUGUCGGCGCACCACCAGCCGCUCCUCAUCGGCGACUGCAGCGACGAGGCGCUCCUCUGGGCGCGCCCCGCCUCAAAUUGGUCCGCGACGGCGAUCGAGCGGCGCGUGCGCGCUGUAUGCCAGUCGCUCACGAAGGCGAGCGCGCUCCUCCGCGCGUACGACAUCCACCCGCACGCGCCGCCAGAGGAGCUGCACGCCCGCGUGCUCGAGCUCAUCAACGACGCGCGCUUCGCGUGGCCGACGGAAUGCGUCGCUGCGCAUGCGCGACGCGAGCGUGGCGGGCGCGGCGUGUACCGCUACGUGUUCGACCAGGAAGGACCCGGGCGCGCGGUCCCGCAUCAUGCAGUGGAUCUGGUGUAUCUCUUCGAUAAUGUCCCGUUGCCGACAGUCGCGUCGCAGAGCCCUGCGCAGCUCAUGCCGGAGCACUUUGACUCGGACUCCGACGACGAAGACUCCCCGAGGCAGCUCUGCGGCGAGCAUGCCUACAUCGAAGUCCACGAGCACGUCGCCGUACACGGCCACGCGCUCGCGCCGUGCCUCGCGAGCCUGAGCGCGCUCACGCUCGACGCGGAGACGGACAGUGGUGCGUCUGACUCGGACAUGUCGACCGACAGCGGGUUCGUGGACGACUGGGGCGUGCCCGUCGUGGACGACUACGCGUACUCGCGCGUGCGCGACGCGAUGCAGGCGCGCUGGCUCGCAUUCGCGUGGGGCGAGGCGCCGUGGGCGGAGGACAAGGUGUUCGUGUUCGGACCCGAGGGCGAGACGGGCGAGCGGUCGAUGAGCAUUUUCGAGGGACGCAGGAGGGCGAGGGUGUGGAGGGAGGUGUUGGAGCCGCUCGGGAUGCAGCUCGUGCAGAAGGUCGGCGCGGAGCUUGCGAAUGGCCCGGUGGUGCCGGUGAGGGGGCACUGGUGA